AUGAGCGCCACUCUGAAUUAUAAGUCUUUUUCUAAAGAGCAGCAAACUAUGGAUAACUUGGAGAAGCAGCUUAUUUGUCCCAUCUGUUUAGAAAUGUUUACUAAGCCAGUGGUUAUCCUUCCAUGUCAGCAUAAUCUCUGUAGAAAAUGUGCCAGCGAUAUCUUCCAGGCCUCCAAUCCAUAUCUUCCAACCAGAGGAGGCACCACUGUGGCUUCAGGAGGUCGAUUUCGCUGCCCCUCCUGUAGACAUGAAGUAGUUCUUGACAGGCAUGGAGUGUAUGGCCUUCAAAGAAACCUGCUGGUGGAAAAUAUAAUUGAUAUAUACAAACAGGAAUCUUCCAGGCCUGAAAGAAAAACUGAGCAGCCAAUGUGUGAAGAACAUGAAGAUGAGAAAAUUAAUAUUUAUUGCCUGAAUUGUGAAGUGCCCACCUGUUCAAUGUGCAAAGUUUUUGGUGCUCAUAAAGACUGUCAGGUUGCUCCCCUCUCGAAUGUUUUCCAAAGACAGAAGUCUGAACUUAGUGAUGGGAUCGCUGUGCUCGUGGGAAGUAAUGACAGAGUACAAGGAAUUGUAACUCAGCUGGAGGAAACCUGCAGAACAGUUGAAGAAUGCUGCAAAAGGCAGAAAGAGCAACUAUGUGAAAAAUUUGAUUAUUUGUACUUAAUAUUGGAAGAACGAAAAAGUGAGAUGACACAAAUAAUCACUCGGAGCCAAGAAGAGAAAUUGGAACAUGUCCGGUCUCUGAUAAAAAAGUAUGCAGACCACUUAGAGACAGUAGCAAAACUGGUAGAAUCAGGUAUCCAAUUUAUGGAAGAGCCAGAAAUGGCUGUAUUUUUACAGAAUGCUAAAGCGUUGCUACAAAAAAUUACUGAAGCUUCCAAAGCAUUUCAGAUGGAAAAAAUAGAUAAAGGCUAUGAAAAUAUGACCCACUUCACAGUCAAUCUUAAUAGAGAAGAAAAGAUAAUUAGAGAAAUUUACUUUUACAGAGAAGAAGAGGAGGAGGAGGAGGAAGAGGAGGAAGAAGAUGCCACAGAAAGGAAAACAUCAGAUGAAAUCCACACUGAAUCAUCAGGUGAAGAAGAUGAAAUAUCUGAACAAGCAUCAUCUCUGCAACUUCAACAGGAUAUUGCAUUGAAAGACACAUUAGCAGUAUCUCAGAGUAAUCUGAUACCAUCAUUACCUUCUAACCCACUAGUUAAUACUCCUACUACAGCAAAACAGGAUAAAAUUGUGGAUACUACUACACCACAGCCUGGGCUAGUAGAAACUGGACUACAGUCAAAUGGAGAGCCAUCUGAUCCCUUCUUCUACCCUAGUUGGUAUAAAGCACCACCACGACAAACAAGCAAUUCAAAUCCAGCUCCAAUGAUCGAAAGUAGGCAGGUAGGGGCUUCCAUUCCUAUAGAAGUGAAUGUCAAGAAGACAGAGGCUCCAGAAGCAGCUUCUGCAAAUACAAAUUCUGCUGUGUGUGGUAAGGAAGUUAACCCAUCUACAGAUACUUCACAGACUAUUGAAAUACUGCUCUGGAGAUUUUCUCACUCUCUAAAACACUAUGGAAAGCACUUCUGGAACCGAACCGAGCUUUAGCAGAUCCUGCACUAAGCAGGGGGUUGGGCCAGAUGUCCUCUGAUGUACCUUUCCAUUACAGUACAUGAUUCUGUAAAAAAUGAGUCAGCAAAACAUGCUUCCCCACCAUUUUCUUCAAAUGGACAGCCUCUCCUGGAUUCAUUUGCCUCUUUAAGUGGAAGGAAUACUUUUCAUUGUCAAGUUGUCAUGUUUGGAUCUAACCUUAUGAAAUAACUAAUGAUAUUAAGAGAAAAUCACACUGAGUUCAAAGGGGCUUAAUUUCAGAAAAGAAAUGAUUGGGCUGAAGUAUAAUUUAUCACAUUUGCAAAAGGAUGGUAAUGGCUUUGACAUUGAUGGUAUGUUAAAAUCUUGACUUAAUAAAAUCAGCUCGAGUUGUAAUAGAAAGUUAAGAUUUCAUCUUCACUGAUUCCAAACAAAUCUUCUUAUGUAGUUCUCAAAUAAGAGAGUUAUGCUGAGACAAAGUUCCAAGUUCCAUAUACGAACAAUUACUAAAUUAUCAGAAACUCAUUUUUGUAUGGGUGAAGAUCUUGAGACCUAUUACUUUAAAUGAUUCACUAACAGUUCAUUUAUGUAGUGCAUAUAAAGAUUAAGAUAAAAUAUAAUUCAGGAGCCACAUCUUUAUCUGUUUGUACUUACACCUGUCUUAUACUUCAGGCCAUAGGAUUUCAGAACCAGGAAUAGAGCAGAGUACCAAGGUCACCAUUAUGGGUAGCCUCUGGUUAAAAAAAAAAACUGUUUGCCUUUCUCUGCUACUAUUGCUGAAUAGGGUUCUCUUGCACAAAACAAAGACCUACCCAAGAGUAUUGAAAGCAGAGCCACUUACUCGCCAGGCUCUAGACCAUGCUUGUGUCAGUACAUUUUGGCAGAUGAAGCAGCUAGCCACCAUGCUGCUGGUGGCCAUCUGGGGCACUGACAACAGCUUUUGCCCCAAAUAGCCUGCUUCCAGGUACAGCCCCUUUUAUUUAAUUUACAUUUGUUUGUUUGUUUUUUGAUUGUUUGAUUGAUUGAUUGGUUUAUAUGCUGCCCAUCUCCCUAUCCAAGUGAAUCUGGGCAGGUUACCAUGUAGUGUAGUGUAUCACUAUAUAAUUAUGCCUCUUAUUGGUGCUUAAGAAAUUGCCAUAUAAAUGUGUUAGAAUCCUAUCAAUGCAAAGCUUUGAAUCAAGAUCCUACUGAGAUCAGAACUGAGAAUCACAAAGAAAUGUACCAGAGCUAGGAGGAUCUUUUUGUGAGGAAGGAAGCCUUUUUUAGGUGUGUCUGCUCAGAAAGCCCACUUUAUCUGUUUGGGUGAGUGGAUUCAGACUAUAAACCAAAGCCAAACAAGCCACAAUAUGUGUCAUUUUAAUAAAUUUGAGGUUCUGUCCAUGGCAUGGCCCCUACUGAGUCAAUUCAUCCUAUUCAGAAAGUUCACCCUAAUCACUGCUGGGUCUGUGCCAGCAUUUUAAUUUCUUUAGCUCAAAUUGGGACAGGCAAAGACUGAACAAGAUAUUCUAAAUCGGGGGUCUUUAUUGUUGCCUGACAUUUUAGUUUGUACAUGCUUCUUACAAGGACUAAUCUGGCACAAAGUCUACUAGAUAUGGGCAUUUUAAAAACUGGGCACAAUGUAUACUGGGAGUGGAAUGUCUUCUUCACCUGGCUCAACAGUUAGGAGCAGAUGAUUUUGGUGACAUUAGUGAAAUCAUGUUUUAUUAUUUCC